AUGUUAUUAAAUGUUAAAAAAUCGAAAGCUCAACCAAAUGGACGUCUAUUAGAACAAUUAAGUUUUAUAUUAAAAUGUAUUAUGAAUAAAUUAAUGUUUGGUUUGAAAAAAUUGCAUGGAGAUUUCAAAAUGGAAUGUUUAGAAGCACUGAUUACAAAUAUUACAGAAUUAGAUUCUGCAUAUUUGGAAGUAAAAGCAGCUGGAAUACUUGAUAUUCUUAUACAUAAUAUUCUUAGUGUUGCAUUGAGACUCAUGCAUAAGCUUUUACCAAAAUUAACUCGUGAACAAUUAUUUGAAAUAGCACAAAUUUUAUCUGUUCCUGGUCCAAAUGAAUGUCAAUAUUGGACACUUGAAAUCAACAAAUGGAUGUAUGAUUAUAACAUGUCUUUGAAAUUUUUGUCCGAAUCAUUUUAUCAUCAUGUACGAGAGCAAUUAGUUCAAUUGUUAUCAAGUAAAAAUACAUAUAUUCGUGUUAAUCGUCGUAAUUUUUCGUGUAAUCCAAAACGUUUAAAUAUAUCAAAUCAUCGUCUUAUUGCAUUCGUUAAUCAAUUAUAUUAA